AAACUUAAGCCCCAGUUUCUUGACAGUAAAUCCUGAACUUGCUUCCAACUGUCUUAUAUCCAGAUUGUGGUAUAUGACCGUCUCUGCAAGCCUGUGGGCAACGUGGUUAUUCCCCACGAGGGUGAGGAAAUGUGAACUGAUAUUCAAUGACAGAAGACUCGGGGCUGACAGUUUCCAUUGAGCGCAUUCUUUUCUCUCUUUUUCACUCAUUUUCACGGCUCCCUGAAAACUCUGGCUGGGCGUUGGGCUGUGAGAGGAGUCCUUCCCGCUUCCCUGUCUGUCUUUUCACAGCUGCAAAGCUCAGUGAUUUGAACUGCAGUGCUUUGAGUGCACUGCUCACUGCCACGACCAACCUCUGUUGUAAAUUUUCCUCCCAGAACACGUGACGAUGCAAGUCUUGACUAUAUAUCCCAACCGCCCCAGAAUUGUCAGAACGCGGAGCCCAGGGAGAGCGCUCUUAGACCAGCCGUUCAGGAACUCAGGACUUGGGGGGCAAAUUCACCAGCCUUUGACUCUGGCUGUGUGAGCAGUGCUUCAAUGCUGAAGAUGGAGCCUCUGAACAGCACCCAGCCCAGCACCGCAGCCCCCGGCAGCCCCCUGGAGUCCCAGGUGCCCGGCAGCCGCAGCGGCAACGGGAACGAGUACUUUUACAUCCUGGUUGUCAUGUCCUUCUACGGCGUUUUCUUGAUUGGAAUCAUGCUGGGCUACAUGAAAUCCAAGAGGCGGGAGAAGAAGUCCAGCCUCCUGCUGCUGUACAAAGACGAGGAGAGGCUCUGGGGAGAGGCCAUGAAGCCGCUGCCCACGGUGUCGGGCCUGAGGUCGGUGCAGGUGCCUAUGAUGUUCAACAUGCUGCAGGAGAGCGUGGCGCCUGCCCUGUCCUGCACCCUCUGCUCCAUGGAAGGAGACAGCGUGAGCUCUGAGUCCUCCUCCCCGGACGUGCACCUCACCAUCCAGGAGGAGGGGGCAGAUGACGAGCUGGAGGAGAGUUCCGAGACGCCCCCCAACGAAAGCAGUGAAGGGUCCUCGGAGAAUAUCCAUCAGAAUUCCUAGCAGCCCCAGGGCCCCUGGAGGUGGCCCCAACAGCCAGCACUCUUAGAGAGAGGGAGGAUACUUCUUGUGCCUGGUUUCACUUUUGCAGAGCAGCUGCCACUUUAAAGAGACCCUCUGCAAGCUCCUGCAUGGGG